AUGCCUGCACGCACGCUUCCCACCUUCACGACCGCUGAGGUCGAGAAGCACAACAACCAAGACUCGUGUUAUGUGCUCGUCGGCGAGACCGUGUACGACGUCACUGACUUCCUCGAAUCCCACCCCGGCGGCGCCGACCUGAUCCUCGAUUACGCAGGCAAGGACAUCGCCGCCAUCCUCAAGGACGAGAUCUCGCACGCACAUUCCGAGACCGCGUACGAGGUGCUUGACGAUUCCAUCGUCGGCUACCUGAGCUCGAGCAAGACGGGCGCCAGCGGCAAUGGCAAGUCCACGGGCGCCGAGUAUGCCAGCGAUUCCGAUGUCGAGAAGCGGAGCGUGCAUCCGCGCACCGGCAUGUCCUGCGAGGAGGACCUGAGCAAGGACACGGACGCCGUCUCCGAUUUCAAGAAGCACAAGUUUUUGGACCUCAACCGCCCGCUGCUGAUGCAGGUCUGGAACGGCGGCUUCUCCAAGGCCUUCUAUCUCGACCAGGUCCACCGCCCACGGCACUACAAGGGCGGUGCGUCGGCGCCGCUGUUUGGCAACUUCCUCGAGCCACUGUCUAUGACGCCGUGGUGGGUGAUCCCGACGCUCUGGAUUCCCUGCGUAUUGGCGCUCCUCUACUAUGCCAAUGUGGGCUUCACGUCGUCCGUUAUCCAGGCUGGCUUCUUUGUAUUCGGCUUUGCCGUUUGGUCGCUGAUCGAGUACAUCAUGCACCGCUUCCUGUUCCACCUGGACGAAUACCUUCCCGACAACCGCGUGUUUAUCACGCUGCACUUCCUCCUCCACGGCAUCCACCAUUACCUGCCCAUGGACAAGUAUCGCCUGGUCAUGCCGCCGACCCUGUUCGUCGCUCUGGCCACGCCGUUCUGGAAGCUGGCGCACACCAUCUUCUACUACGACUGGUACGUCGCCGCCACUGCCUACUGCGGCGGCGUCUUCGGCUACAUCUGCUACGACCUCACCCACUAUUUCCUGCACCACCAGAACCUUCCGCUCUGGUACAAGGACCUCAAGAAGUACCACCUUGCCCACCACUUCCUCGACUACGAGCUGGGCUUUGGCGUGACCAGCCGCUUCUGGGACGUCGUCUUUGGCACCGAGUUGAAGAUGGCGACCCCAGUCGUCAAGUCGCAAUAA